AUGGCCAACUACAACUACGAUGAAGGGGGCCAUAUGGCUGCCUACUUUAUAAUAUCGUUCCUUGCUCUAAUUCUUGUACCUCUCACCGUUUCCUCGGUCUCCAAAUCAUCAGGGAGGAAAAUAACAGGGGGCUGUCGCUGUAAAUCAUGCUUGGAGCAACGUGCUCGAAUAUCGAAACGCGAACGGGGUUCAUUGCUGAAUCCAAAGCUAAGCCGAAAAACUAUAUUCCUUAUCCUUGGAUGGUCACUCUUUGCCUACCUGUCAUUCAAAGUCGGCAACGCCAAAUUGGACAACAAGAUAUAUGACCCUUUCGAAAUCUUGGGUAUUAAGAGGGGAACGACAGAGAAGGAGAUCAAGUCACAUUUCAAGAAACUAUCUCGCAAAUUCCACCCAGACAAGGUCAAGCCAUCUGGUAAUGACACCAUCGAAACCAUUGCAAACCACUUCGUCGACCUCACCAAGGCCUAUAAAUCGUUGACCGACGCGACAAUCCGUCAGAACUGGGAACUCUAUGGACAUCCUGAUGGAAGGCAGGAGAUGUCUAUGGGUAUUGCAUUGCCAAAGUGGAUCGUCGAGGGAAAGAACAACAUAUACGUCCUUGGUUUCUACGCACUCGCCAUUGGCUUGGGUCUCCCAUUGCUGGUCGGUCGUUGGUGGUUUGGUAGUCGUCAGCGCACCAAAGACGGUGUCAACGCAAAAUCCGCCGCAGCCUUCUUCAAGACACUGAAAGAGGAAUCGGCCAUGGCAGACGUUGUCGGCUCCCUUGGCAAAGCUUAUGAAUAUGAGAACCCAUCCCCCAUCACCAGCGCAGCGGAACGAGAGGAAUUGAAGGCCCUGGAGAAGGAGAUUGCCUUGUUGGCGGACAAGAAAUGGACGGACGUCAAGAAACUAAUCGAGACGGACGAUGGAAAGGGCCCAGCUUUCGAAACCCGGUGGAAAGCCCUCGUUCUGAUAUAUGCUCACUUACUCAGAUUACCAGUCAAAGCUCCAUCCCUGCAGCAAUACCAAACCCGUGUCCUUCUACAAACACCUCUCCUCCUAAACGCUCUCCUCCAAAUCGCUACCGCACGAAACUGGCUCCGCCCCACCAUAGCUGUUAUGCGUCUCCACGCUUUCCUCGCCCAAGCUAUCUUCCCCGCAUUCACCCACAACGACAACAUCAAGCGUAUAAAAUUCACGCAGCUGACAGAUAUCAAGGAGCCCGAAGCCGUCUCAAUAUCCCCCGAGGCCACGAAGUUGGAGGAACUGGUUUCCACCCUAGAAAAGAAGGGCGAUCCACGAGCGGCUGACGCCAAGAAGGUCAUCGAGAAGUGGGGUCGGCUGGAACUUGUCGACGCUGCUUUCCAAGUCAUUGGUGAACGCAUCGUCACCCCUGGGUCUAUUGUAUUUUUGGUCGUCAAACUGAGGGUCUCGCCGCCGGGUUCACAACCAUCCGAGGAGAAAGACCUUGGUGUAGAUGAGACCAAACGGUUGAUCAAGCUCAACGAAGACAAAGACAACGAAUUCUUGUUGAGUCGGAACAAUGUCGAAGAGCGCCCUGACGAAGAUUCCCUCGGCGAAUACGCACACACACCUCUCUGGCCUGGCAAUCGCAAGCCUUCAUGGUGGGUCGUCAUCGCUGAUGAUAAGACUAGCCGAGUCGUCGUUCCUCCCAUGAAAGUCACCGAUGUACCCUACUCUCAAGUCGACUCCGACCGCAACUUCCGCUCAUACAAAAUGCAGUUCCAAGCCCCCCAAUCUGUCGGCCUCUUCACAUGGAAGCUUUAUAUCGUCAGCGACACGUUCGUCGACGAAGAAGUAACUAAAAGCAUUACCCUGAAAAUCGAGGAUGUCUCAGCUCUAAACGCGGAUGAAAAGGAGUCAGAGGAUGACAUCUCCGAUCCGGACGAAGACACUCUUGCUGGCCAGAUGGCGGCCAUGCGCGGGCACAAAGUCAAGAAGAGAGGCGACGAAGAGGAGGAUGAGGAUGACAGUGAUGACGAGAGUGGUACCGAUGAUGAUGAGAAGAAUGCUGAUAGUAGUGAUAGCGAUAGUGAUUAG